AUGGCCAAAACCAACCUCAUUGUACCCGCUGCCAUUCUCGCCGUCCUUUUGUUUGCUAACGGGAUCAAAUUUUCCGAGGAAGUCCGGGUUUUGAAAGCCGACCAUAAAACACAUCAUCAUUCCAGUCUAAAUGUGAACGUCAAGGGUGACGUUUUACCAGAUGGAUCCGCCACUGUCAACAAUGUCCAAAAAGCUGCCUAUCGCACCGACGCUUUCCGUUCCACGACUCCCGGUCACAGUCCCGGCGCUGGUCACUAG